CAAAAAAAAUUACAAAAACUUAUGGCACAAAAAGGUCAAGCAAGUCCGAGAGUUCAUUUUUUCCACAUCACUCCUCCUACUGAGCGGAAUAGCAAAUACCAAGCAAAAGAAGUUUAUGAAGAAAAUGCUCGUGCUUUUGACACUUGGGAAGAGGCUUUAAAUGAAGUUAAAAGACGCUUAAAAGAAGUGGAGAGGCUGGACACAUUGUGGUUCAUGAUGAAUUCGGACGAUCUAAUUUCUACUAAGAAUAGGGGUUCGACUAAACCUAGCGAAAUAUUAAUUCCACAAGAAAAUAAAGCACAAAUAGAAGAAAUUAGAGAAAUUGAAAAUAAAGAGUUAGAGCCGCAAAAGAAAGAGUUUGAAAACAAAGAAAGUAAGUCGACAGUUGCAACAGUUGCCGAAAAUGCAAAGGUAGCAGUCAUUCCUACGGUUCAUGCUUCCGAUAAAGAUGAUGAUGACCAUGAUUUUGAGGCUAAGAUAGUUGACAGAA